AUGGAGUUUAUUAAAGACGAGAGGGAAGACUUCAGGAUUGAAGAAACAUCCAGUCUGAAACAAGAAGUGACCGAGGAACAAUCAGAGAUGCUGUUUAUUAAAGAGGAGAGUGAAGACAUCUCAACUGAAGAAAUGUUCAGUAUGAAAGAUACUGAGCAACAAACAGAAGAGAAUCUUUUAGACAUUCACAGACUGAAAAGACUUCCACACCAAAAAAAAAAAGCUCAAAUUAAUUAUUUCACUUUCAAUCAAAAAGGAAAACUUAAAGUCCACACUGGAGAGAAUCCUUUCACCUGCCAACACUGUGGAAAAAGUUUUACUCGUAAAUUAAGUUUUGACGUGCAUAUGAGAGUUCACACUGGAGACAAGUUGUACACAUGCCAACAGUGUGGAAAAAGUUUCACUCAAAAAGGAAGUCUUAGCACGCACAUGAGAAUUCAAGCUAAAGUGAAGCCUUACCCAUGCCCUGAGUGUGGAAAGAGUUUCCAUCAACAUGUUAACCUUAAAGCCCACAUGAGGAUUCACACUGGGGAGAGACCUUUUACCUGCCAACAGGGUGGACAAAGCUGCAAUCAUACAAUCAGCCUUAACAGACACAUGAGAAUUCACACCGGAGAGGAGACUUACACAUGCCAGCAGUGUGGUGAGAGCUUUGCUCAACAUUUAAACCUUGAAGCCCACAUGACAAUACACAAUACAGAGAGUCCCUUCACAUGCCAACAGUGUGGAAAAAGUUUCACUCAUAAAGGAAGCUUUAACAUCCACAUGAGAGUUCACACUGGGGAGAAGCCUUACACCUGCCUACAGUGUGGAAAGAGUUUCACUCAAAAAGGGAGCUUUAAUUGGCACAUGACUCUUCACUCUGGACAAAAGCCUUACACCUGCCCUGAGUGUGGAAAGAGUUUUGCUCAUCAGGGAAACCUUAAUGUCCACAUGAGAAUUCACACUGGAGAGAAGCCUUACACAUGCCAACAGUGUGGAAAGAGUUUCACUCGUAAAGUCAAUCUUGACAUGCAUAUAAGAAUUCACACUAGAGAAAAGGCAUACACAUGCCAACAGUGUGGACAAAGUUUCCAUCAUAAAGUAAGCCUUAAAAAAUGUGAGGAUUCACACUGA